GUAAGCGAGGGCCGUUUCCUCGCCUGCCUUCCGCCCGACCCUCUCCCUGCGCCGCCUCCAUCUCGUGAUUCUCGUGCUCCGAAGGUGGAUUGGAGGCUGCUUUCGCCGGUCGCCUGACACAGCAAAGGAGCCGCACCUCUCCACCAAAGCAUCAGGGGCCCCAGGGCAGCCUCUCGUCCACCCCCGACCGAUCCUCCUCGCCUGACUGCGCCGCCAUCCCGCACGCCUACUUCCACCCAACUGCGCCAGUCUCUCUCCCAGUCCCAGGCCUGACCUUCCUCGUCUCAGCGCUCUAGACUGCAUGCCGUGACACGGAAAGCCGGGGAGAUCCACGGAGGCUUGGAUUGAUUUCUUCUUCCCUUGGUUCUUCGUCCUCAAUCGGCGCCAGAUCCGUUUCAGUUUUCGGCCCCCCAUCGGACUACCCAAGUUUUGGCAUGGCAGGUGGAAGAUACUUGGGUUAGUCAGAGCAUAGAACAAGGGGCUGAAUUUUGAAAUUGAUUUUUCCAUAGGAUGGAAUCCUUGUGGAAGCUGACCUACUUGCUUGAGCCUGCAUCACUUGCUCUCAUUGCCACAGCCAUUUCGGUGGCCUAUGCAUCAGCAUCGCGUGCUCUAGACUAUGGCAAGGAGAUGGAGAGGAACUUGGAUUUUUCAGAGGCUUCCAUUACAUUGGAUCGGUCGCAGGCUCUAAUGAUUCCCCUUGCAAGCUCAUGCAGUCUGUUGCUGAUGUUCUACUUGUUCUCAUCUGUCUCACAUCUCGUGACCGCUUUUACCACUGUGGCCUCAGCAAUGGCACUGUUCUUUUGCCUGUCUCCAUACAUUACCUACCUCAAGACACAAUUCAAUCUAAUGGAUCCAUUCAUGUCCAGGUGUUGUUCAAAGUCGUUUACCCGGUUGCAAGGUUUGCUGAUGCUCUUCUGCAUAGCCACAGUGUUAGCCUGGCUGGUUUCAGGGCAUUGGUUGCUAAAUAAUGUUCUGGGGAUUUCCAUAUGUAUAGCAUUUGUCAGCCAUGUCAGGCUUCCCAACAUAAAGAUUUGUGCAUUGCUUCUGGUAUGCUUGUUUGUGUACGAUAUUUUCUGGGUGUUCUUCUCAGAGAGGUUCUUUGGAGCAAAUGUUAUGGUCUCUGUUGCCACUCAGAAGGCAUCUAAUCCUGUUCACACAGUAGCAAACAAGCUUAGUCUGCCAGGGUUGCAGUUAAUUACAAAGAAACUGGAGCUUCCAGUCAAGCUUGUUUUUCCGAGAAAUUUGUUGGGUGGGAUUGUUCCAGGAAGUAGUCCCGGUGAUUACAUGAUGCUUGGCCUUGGAGACAUGGCUAUUCCAGGGAUGCUUCUAGCCCUUGUACUCUUCUUCGACAACCGGAAGCACAAAGAUGCGAAUAUUCCAUCAGAUGUGUCUCCCUCAAAGCGGCAAAACUAUGUCUGGCAUGCCCUAACAGGGUAUGGUGUAGGCUUGGUAGCUGCAUUAGCUGCUGGGAUAUUGUCUCAAUCUCCCCAGCCUGCCUUACUCUACCUGGUGCCAUCGACACUGGGGCCUGUCAUGUACUUGUCAUGGUUAAGGAACGAGCUGUGGGAGCUGUGGGAAGGAUCUGGGCCGAUUCUAAACGAGAAAGCUCGUUUGCUGGAGGUCUAAGAUCCAAGGGGACCAAAAAAUAUCAGCGCCCACCAUGAUGCAAUCUAAUUUAACAUCACUUCAGCUCCUCAUACUGAGGAUAGUAUUUAUAAGCUAGAAUUGUCUAGUAAUGUAAGCUUGUACGCUGCUGUUUUCCUCGCAAGAGGAAGCACAUAUGUAUCACCUAACUGCUUGUAAUAGAAAGGUUCAAUGCAUUUCAGCUUAUACCCUUGGA